UAGGCUCAUUUUUAUUUCGUAACGUCAAUGAGCAGUAAGUAAACAGAAAAAAAAUUUCGUAAAAUUCAAGUGGUUGCACAAUGUCCAACCUUCAAGAUGUACCGCUCGCAGAGCCAGAGAAUAUACCACCGCCCACAGAGCAACAGAAUGUGACUGGCAACAAAAGCAAUUCGCUGAAGCGCUUCUUCAAGAUGGGCAAAAAGUCCGCUUCCAGCCAGGACAUCAAUGCCGAUGCCUGCGAAGUGGUGGUGGAGGAUCAGGAGGGCAUCAAAGAUCCGGCCAAGCCGCGCACAAUUAGCCGCUUGUUGACACGAUUGAAGGGCGCCAACAAAACAGGCGACUUGCCAGCUACAGAAGCAACGACUGAGCCCGCAUCGGGCUCGAAUCCUCCAGUUGUUGAGGAAGUCAGCGAGAGGGUAGCGCCAACUCCGAAUGCCAAGCCCACAUUGAAGACAUCGAUCUCAAGCUAUUGGAAGCUGCUGUUUCAUCGCCAGAAGGCAGCAAAUCGACAGGGUGCAGAUGCAGAUGCUGCUGGAGAGCAACCGACAAUCGAACCUAAAGAAAUGCAACAGCAGCAGCAGAAGUUGGUGCAGCAGGAGCAGCAAACUGAUCCCAUUAAGGCGGAAGAUGCUUACACAGUGACGCCGGCAACAUCGAAACAGGAUCUCGAAGCAAUGGUGCCACAAAAGUUGACCGAACUGAAGACGGCGAGUCACUGCAUACCCCAGAUUUUGGAGGAGGUGCAAGUGCUUCCAAUCUCCGAUGAGAUUGUCGAUCCGACGCUGGAGGAAGCCAUUGAAAAUUAGGUUGAAAAUUUUGCCAACUAUGCGAGCAAAAAAUAGAAAUUAGUUGAAUGUUAUUUGAUUUUGACAAAGCGCUUGCCAACCUUCUGCCCAAUUAUUGAUUACACUUUAUCGGAAGACUCUCUUCUCUCUCUCACACACACAUAAGCACACACACAACGACGUAACACUUUCACACUAGUUUCAUCAGCUGCAGCAGUUAAGCUUUGCAUCAAAUUGUGAGUGCUUAAUAAAGCAUUUAUCAAGCGUAUAUCGAUUAUA